UACAGAUUUCCCUUCCAAAGAUGGCCGCUCAAGGAGGCAGCAGUAGGGUAUUUGACAAGGUGGCGAAUCUUUUAAAUAGAGAGAACAAAAAGCCUGUGCUGAAACCUAACAAACCUCUGGUGCUGCAGGAUAGGGUCGCCGAGAGACGGCCCCGCCGUGGAGAAGUUGAAUGCAUCACAGAAAUGUCAGUGAUGAUGGCCUGUUGGAAGCAAAAUAACUUCAGCAACGCCGUCUGUGCCAGUGAGGUGCAAUCUUUCCUCCAGUGUACAGCCCAGGCAGAGGCAAAGAGGAAGGCUGAUCUUGAGCAGCAAAGGAAAGAACAAGGAGGUCGUCUAUUACCAAAGCAAGCCAAUAAGCUUCUGAAAAAAUACCCAAAUAUUCUUUCUGAGAUAUAAGAGCUAAGAUAAUGUGUUUUUAAGUUUGAGAGGACAGAAAGAUCUGAGCUCUGACUUCACACAAAAAAAGAAGCCUGUACAGGGAAUACUGUAAAGGACAGCUCUGGAACUGAGGUGCCCCUGUGGUUGUUCAGUCCUUGUGCCGCAAGAUGCUGCAGUUUUUGAACCUACAGCAGAAAUAUGUGCAUAAUAGGAUAUCAGUCAUUUUGCACAUAAGUUUGGAUGUACAGCAGAGCAGUAAUUACUGCAAACAUUUUGUAAAUUGAGUGAGAAUAAAACUAAAAAAAGCCAGGAUUUCUUUUACAAAAAUGUCUUUUUUUUUGUCAACUACAGAUGCAGUUUUAUAGUGCAUAUGUGUUUAUGUAUCAGUUUCCAAUGUAGUACGGUUAGAGCUUUAAAAGUAUACUCGUGCAUUUUAAAACUCAAAGCAAGCUUAUUUGCACAUUUCUUUAUAUACAUUUCAGAAUAAAUGGUUUUGUCCUUAUUUUGAUAGAGUAAGAAAGAAAUAUUUUUUUAUUGAUUUUUGUUCCCUAUAAUCA